UUUUGCAUGAUUUGCGAACGGUUAACACUCAAAUGCAACCUAUGGGAGCCCUACAGCCUGGACUCCCGAAUCCAGCCAUGAUCCCAGAAAAUUGGCACCUCCUCAUAGUGGAUUUGAAGGACUUUUUUUUCACAAUAAAGAUUCACCGAAAAGAUACACCACGUUUUGCUAUCACAGUGCCCACCACAAAUAAAGGGGGUCCCGCAGCGAGUUAUGAGUGGACGGUUCUCCCUCAGGGCAUGAAGAACAGCCCUACCCUUUGUCAACUGUUUGUAGACGCCGCCCUUGAGCCCAUGCGCAAGGCCUGGUCCCACGCGGUGAUUUACCACUACAUGGAUGAUAUCCUGAUUGCUCAGUCACGACCUUUUACAGUGGACCAGGAAUUGUAUCUGGAACGAACUCUCCAGAGCAAAGGACUAGUGAUAGCUCCGGAGAAGGUGCAGCAUGAGCCCCUGCGGAAAUAUCUCCGAUGGGUGAUCACACAAUCGUAUGUUCGCCCGCAAAAACUUACGCUGCACACAGAUAUUUGGACACAUAAUGACGCCCAAAAAUUGUUGGGGGAUCUGCAGUGGCUACGGCCCGUUGUUGGCCUCUCGAAUGACAAACUCAACUCACUGCGCCCUCUUCUUAAGUGUACCAAUCCUGCCGCUCGUGUUUCAGUAUCUCCUGAACAACGACAGAUUAUUGAGUGCCUCGUGCAAACUGUUGUGGAACGGUCUGUUGACCGACGUGACCCGUUGCUCCCCAUCGACAUCACCCUGCUCCUUGGGCGAACGCGGCUGCUGUCUGCGCUGACGCAUCGCAAAAAGAAAAAGGGGGAGCAGAUGGACAUUAGGGUAUUGGAAUGGCUAUGCACAACCCUACAGCCAAGGACCACAAUACAGCAGAUGAUCGACAAUUUGGCAGAACUGGUGUGUAAGGGGCGCAAACGAGUACUCAACAUUGCAGGGGAAGAACCUGGAACGAUAUAUCUACCCAUAAAACGCAAGGAUUUGGACUGGUACAUACAGAACUCGACUGAGUUGGCAUCUAGCCUCCUCAGCUCGGGGGCUAAUUUGGAAGUACGCCCUCUUGCAUCGCCAUUUCUUAAGUGGAUGACUCAACGGUGGUGGUUAGUGAUACCAAAAUAAAGUAGGGCUCUGCUGCAAAAUGCAAUUACAGUUUUCACAGAUGCAGGACGAAAGUCACGAAAAGAGGUGGCGACAUGGUGCGAGGAUCAGCAAUGGCGCCUGUCAUGUUUUAUGAUUUUUGGUUAUCAGUAUUCCACAUCACAACAUCAUGCAGUGUACUGGGAGUUAAACAGCAAAUGCUUUAGUUCCGGGUACCUGUCUGGAAGAGAAGAAGAACUACAUUCCCCAAGAGCCUUUUUGAGUACUGUUAUUCCUGCUCAAGGGAACAGAUAUAAGGGCACAGGUCAUCUGACUUGUUUCUCUUCUCGUCUCGCCAUGUUCCCUGUCGGAUCGGCUCACUACUGCUGCUCCUGACUGCAUGCAAGGCUUCAGUAUUAGAGUAAGGCCUUUGGCUCUCGGACAAUCUUUUUCUUAAUUAUUGUUGAUUUAUAUUGUAUUAUAGUGUGUUAUCUUACAUUCCGAUACUAUAUUUAGUAAAUUAGUUUGU